CAGUGCAUAUCUACGACAAGAUAAGUACAACUUGUACAAGGUGUGUCAUUCUACUUUGUCAUAGUUAAACCCAGUUGUGUGGCUCAUUGUAAGUUUUGCAGUCUACUCAAAACCACGUAAGGAGUGAGUAACAUCAGAGUCACUACUGUGCAAUUUUUUUGCGAAUCGUUGGCAGACUUGCAAUCUAAAAACGUUUCGGUAAUACGUAGAAUUGGGUUCGUUCAUUCUGAUAUUGUUGUUUCUGCUUGCGUAGUUUGUUAGUUGAACGUAUGUACAUACAUAUUACUUUAUUACAUGCAAUUUAUCAUGACUUGUUAGCCGGUUGCAUGUUACCUGCUUAACAUCUAUGUGAAAAUGACUCAUUUCCCUGCAUGAAUUUGGGUGUGUGUAUCUUGCAGGACAAUGAAAAGUCUUAUUAACUCUGACAUUUAAAAAACGAAUAAUAAUCCUGACGUUUUUCAGCUACAUAAAUAUUGGGAUAUUUUCCGUCUAAAGUUUAGUCGAGGUUUGGGAUUUGAGAGAGCAAGACGAUCCUAUUCCGCUGACCGUUUGAAGAAAUCAUGGCGUCCGGUAGUGGCGGAUAUUUGCUGGAGAAUCUCUUCUUUCUCGGCACUGCACUUGGGACCAUUUUAAUCGUAGGGUGGAUCUUGCUGAGAAUUAUUUCUGGAUUCUUCCGGCGGUGCAAUGACUCUCUCAUGGCUGAAAUUCGACUCGCUGCCACCAUGCGUCACACUUAUUACCACAAUGACGACAAAUUAUAUCAAGCCCUCCUCAAAGUCUUGGAACCUUAUAUGGGGGACGACUUUAAAAAUCGGAGCGUUACCCUUUCCAGUAAACAACUUCAAAACGGGAAGGAAGACUACGAAUUCAUUUCCCCACCCGGCUUUGGAAUUCAUUACAUUCAGUACAAAUCCCACUGGGUCAGGAUUGAGCGGAGACAGCAACCCGAACUAGUCUGCGACAAGGUCCCCUUCGAGUUCAUCACCUUGUCCACGUACAAAUGGAACAAACACCUGCUCUACGAACUUCUCACCGAGGCGAAGGAAAGUCAGAGGGAUCACGACGAGAAGAAAACCGCCUUCUACUGCAUUUCUUGCAGUGACUGGAACUCCUUCGGACAGCCGAAACGAAGGCGUCUCCUCGACUCCGUCAUCACUGCGGGACGUGUGAAGGAAAUGCUGUUGAAGGAUGUCAAUGAGUUUCUAGACUCUGAAGAUUGGUACAUGGAUCGAGGAAUCCCGUACAGACGCGGUUAUCUUCUCCAUGGGCCACCCGGCACUGGAAAGAGCAGUCUUAUCAGAGCCAUUGCUGGUGAAAUUGGAUACGACAUCUGCAUCCUGUCCCUCUCUGCGAAGGAUCUCACGGACGAUGAACUCAACCGGUUGAUGAAUUCUACUCCGGACAAGUGCAUAAUUCUUCUGGAGGAUGUGGACGCAGCUUUCAAAAGUCGUGAAGGCGAGGACAACGGUAAUGGAACGUCGCAUUUGGCAUAUGAAGGAGCUGGAGCGUCAAAGGUCACGUUUCGCGGAUUGCUGAAUUCUCUCGAUGGCGUGGCUUCAACCGAGGGCAGAAUCUUGUUUAUUACAACGAAUCAUAUCAAUAAAUUGGACCCUGCUUUAAUCCGACCGGGACGAGUUGAUAUUCGGAUCCAUGUAGAUUACCCGACUGCAAAUCAAAUUACGAAAAUGUUCAAGAGAUUCUAUCCCAAAGCGAGUGACGACUUGGCCGAUACGUUUCUGCACGUUUUGAUGGGAAUGGACAAAAAGAUCUCAAUGGCUGCAAUUCAAGGAUUGUUUCUCAUGUUCAAGAAAGAUCCAGAGAACGCAAUUCAGCAUGCGGAAGAAUGUUUGAAUUAUGAAUAUUUUGAGAGGAAGGAUAACUUCACUGACACUAUUGCUGAAGAACUGGAUGAGGAGAAAGCAGUGGUCAUCAAUGGUGGUGGCGGUGAAGAAAAGCCGAAAAAGAAGAAAAAUGUCAAAGCAAAAUAAAUGUUGCAUACAAAUAUAUUAUGAUCUCAAUUUGGCGACAAUGUAAAUUUGAAAUGUGUUAUUGUCUGAAUAAAUGUUGUCUCGUGUGUAAUUAAAUAAA